AUGCUGUUCUCCCACCACUCCCCAGCUGCUACAAGUCAGCUACUCGCCCCUUCCCGCCGCACGCUCCUAUUGCCAUUGCCAUGCCCGCGAGCCGGCGCGACCUCGGCGGCGGCACCGGCACCGGCGGCCGAGGCUGCGCUCCUACCGGGCGGGCUGCGAGCGGAGUCGCUACCGCGGCACGUGGCUGUGGUGAUGGACGGGAACUCGCGGUGGGCACGCGCGCGCGGGCUGCCGUCCGCGGCCGGGCACGAGGCCGGGCGGCGCGCGCUGGAGGAGGUGGUGCGGCUCUCCCGCGCCUGGGGCGUCCGUGCGCUCACCGCCUUCGCCUUCUCCCACGAGAACUGGAGCCGGCCCAAGGUGGAAGUGGAAUUCUUGAUGGGGCAGUUUGAGCGAGCUAUCCGCGAAAGUGUAGCUGAAUUUCUGAGGGAAGGAAUUCGGCUACGUGUGAUCGGCGACUCCUCAAGACUGCCGGUUUCUCUUCAAAAGACCGCGAGAGAAGCCGAGGAGGCCACACAGAGCAACUCGCAGCUCGACCUGACACUGGCAAUCAGCUACAGCGGGCGGAGGGACAUAGUGCAAGCAUGCCGGAACCUCGCCCAGAAGGUGCACGACAAGCUGCUCAAGCCGGAGGACAUCGACGAGUCGCUGUUCGCGGAUGAGCUCGAGACGAGCCAUGCCAACGAGCUCCCUGAUUACCCCGACCUGCUCAUCAGAACCAGCGGCGAGCUGCGGCUGAGCAACUUCCUGCUGUGGCAGUCGGCGUACGCGGAGCUCUUCUUCACGGACACACUGUGGCCCGACUUCGGAGAGGCCGACUACUUCGAGGCACUGGUCUCCUUCCAGAGCAGAGACAGGCGGUUCGGCGUGAGGAAAUUGUAG